CCGCAGCGGCGGCGGGGGGCGGGCGCUGCCCGCGCGUCCUCGGCUCCAGAGCGGCGGGCGAUGCGCUUCCUCCGCUGAGCGCGCCCAGGGCCGACCGGCAGCAUGACGGUGGAGUUCGAGGAGUGCAUCAAGGACUCGCCCCGGUUCCGGGCAACCAUCGAUGAGGUGGAGACAGAUGUGGUGGAGAUCGAGGCAAAGCUUGACAAGCUGGUGAAGCUCUGCAGUGGGAUGAUUGAAGCAGGCAAAGUCUACAUCACCACCAACAAGCACUUUGUCAGCGGCGUCCGGGACCUGUCGCAGCAGUGCAAGAAGGAUGAGAUGAUUUCGGAGUGCCUCGACAAAUUCGGAGACAGCCUGCAGGAAAUGAUCAACUACCACAUGAUCCUGUUUGACCAGGCUCAGAGGUCAGUCCGGCAGCAGCUGCACAACUUUGUGAAAGAUGACGUCAGGAAGUUCAAGGAGACCAAGAAGCAGUUCGACAAGGUGCGGGAGGACAUGGAGAUCUCGCUGGUGAAGAACGCCCAGGCCCCCCGGCACAAACCCCACGAGGUGGAGGAGGCCACGGGCACCUUGACCAUCACCAGGAAGUGUUUCAGGCACCUGGCCCUGGACUACGUGUUGCAGAUCAACGUGCUGCAGGCCAAGAAGAAGUUUGAGAUCCUGGACGCGAUGCUGUCCUUCAUGCAUGCCCAGUACACCUUCUUCCAGCAGGGCUACACUCUGCUCCACGAGCUGGAUCCCUACAUGAAGAAGCUGGCCACGGAGCUGGACCAGCUGGUGAUCGAUUCUGCCGUGGAGAAGAGGGAGAUGGAGCACAAACACGCCCUGAUCCAGCAAAGGACCCUCCUACAGGACUUCUCCUACGAUGACUCGAAGGUGGAGUUCAAUGUGGACGCCCCAAAUGGAGUGGUGAUGGAAGGUUACCUCUUCAAGAGAGCCAGCAAUGCUUUCAAAACAUGGAAUAGGAGGUGGUUCUCCAUACAGAACAGCCAGCUGGUGUACCAGAAAAAGCUAAAGGAUGUGCUCACGGUGGUGGUGGAGGACCUGCGGCUCUGCACCGUCAAGCCCUGUGAAGACAUAGAGAGGAGGUUCUGCUUCGAGGUGGUCUCUCCUACCAAGAGCUGCAUGCUGCAGGCUGACUCGGAGAAGCUGCGCCAGGCCUGGAUCCAGGCAGUGCAGGCCAGCAUUGCCUCUGCCUACCGGGAGAGUCCGGACAGCUACUACAUCGAGAGACUGGACCGAACUGCCUCCCCCUCCACGAGCAGCAUCGACUCCGCCACCGACUCCCGGGAGCGCAGUGGGAAAGGGGAGACCAUCCUGCAGAGAGUGCAGAGCAUCCCUGGGAAUGACCAGUGCUGUGACUGUGGGCAGCCAGACCCUCGCUGGGCCAGUAUCAACCUGGGCAUUCUGCUGUGCAUCGAGUGCUCAGGGAUCCACAGGAGCCUGGGUGUUCACUGCUCCAAGGUCAGAUCCCUCACGCUGGAUUCCUGGGAGCCAGAGUUACUGAAGCUGAUGUGUGAGCUGGGGAACAGCACCAUGAAUCAGAUUUAUGAGGCACAGUGUGAAGAGCUGGGACUCAAGAAACCAACAGCAGGGAGCUCCAGGCAGGACAAGGAGGCCUGGAUCAAGGUGAAGUACGUGGAGAAGAAAUUCCUGAAGAAGCUGCCGGGCGGGGAGGCUCUGACGGAGAACGAGCGGAAGCCUCGCCGCUGGUGCGUCAAGAAGUGCCAGAGGCACAACAGCGCCACGAAAGCACCCACAGCUCGGAGGAAGUACCGGCAUGAGGCAGGGAAUGCCUCCCCAGCCCUGCUGUCCUCAGCAGCCACCCUGGAGAGGAAGUUCCGCCGGGAUUCCCUGUUCUGCCCCGACGAGCUGGAUUCCCUCUUCUCCUACUUCGACACCGGCGCCGGCUCCGGCCCUCGCAGUGCCAGCCACAUCCCUGAGCAGCACCCGCUCGCAGGUGGCCCCUGGAGUGGCAGUGGCAGUGGCAUUGGUCCCGGUGGGAGCGGUUCUCCGUUCCUCCUGGACGGAGGCCCCGCAGGUCUGAGCAGUGACAGCGGGCUGGGCGGGAGCACCGACGGCAGCACCGACAUCCUGGUGUUCGGCUCCGUGGUGGACAGCGUGACAGAGGAAGAGUGCGAGGUGUCCGAGGAGUCCAGCGGGGAGGCAGAGAUUGAACAGGAGGCAUCUGACUUGGAGGACCUGAGGGAGCUGCACCCUGGCUUGUUGAUCUACAAGGCAGCACAAGCCCGAAAUCUGCCCCUCAUGGCAGAAGCACUCGCCCACGGUGCUGAGAUCAACUGGGUGAACGACGAGGAUGAGAACAAAACUCCUCUGAUUCAAGCUGUGAAGGGGGGCUCCUUGAUAGCCUGUGAAUUCCUGCUGCAGAACGGGGCAGACGUGAACCAAAGAGACAGCCGAGGCCGGGCCCCCCUGCACCACGCCACGUACCUGGGGCACACUGGCCAGGUGUGCCUGUUCCUGAAGAGAGGGGCCAACCAGCACGCGGUGGACGGCGACGGGCAGGACCCGCUGAGCAUCGCGGUGCAGGCGGCCAACGCAGACAUCGUCACCCUGCUGCGUCUGGCUCGGAUGAACGAGGAAAUGCGGGAAGCAGAGGGUCCCUUUGGACAACCAGGGCAAUAUCCCAGCAACAGCCCCACUGAGCUGCAGUACAGGAAGUGCAUACAGGAGUUCAUCAGCCUUAAUAUAGACGAGUGUUAGUGA